AAUACCGUCAGAGGUCGUUACACCUAGACAGUGGCCCAAGGCCCGUGCCUGGGGCCAUUGUAAUUGUGUGUACAUAGGCUUUCAUUAUGUACGUACUAGCGACUUAUCCGAAUAGAGAUAGUUCCCUUUCCCCACUAAAAGAAACUUGUGAAAUGGAGAAAGAGAGACCUUUCCUGGUAUAUCCAGUACGAAAACCGACGAUACUGCGCGAGAAGAAAGAAUUACCAAGGGAACAUCACCGGCUUCUAUUCUUCUGUCUCUUCAUCAUAAAUUUGGCUGCCUUACUGAAGAUCUAUCAAUCUAACCAGUAUUUGAACAAACUCACCGUCAUUACACAAAACUUCAGAUCAGACAUAGACAAACUUGCCAUCCACCAUCGACUGUUACUUACCAAGCUACAACAACUCGUCAGGCAAUUCAAUUUUAAGGACGUUGUGGAAACCUUUAAUACUACCAGCGAUGGAACAUGAGGGAUUCCGAGUGUAUGUAACUGAAAGAAGUUGGAAACUGGAUUAUCAUAGAGUGCUUCAAAGGACGAUGUCGGUGUUUGCUUUUUAAAUCAUUGAGGAUUGUUCUUUUCGUCUUUUGUGGUGCGAAACGCUAUGGUUCAACUUUUGUAGUUAAGAGCCAAUGCAUGUGAAAUAUAAA